AUGACGGCUGUUGCUGGGUGUUCCAUUAUCGCUAGGGAGGCUAUUGGAGGGGGCUGUAGUGGAGGGCUGAGAGGUUUCAUUCUCCUCUGCAUUCUUGCGCCAGUGGUUUUCUUCCUUGCUCGGGGAUUCUACGCUGCUGUACACCCUUCCCCUACUACUGCAGUACACCCUCCCCCUACUCCUCCUACCCCUGUAAUACACCUUCCUCCUCCUACCCCUGCAGUACGCCCUCCUCCUCCUCCUACCCCUGCAGCAGAGCCUGUUCCUCCUCCUCCCCCUGUGAUUAUUACCCUCACUCCUUCCCCUCACCCUACCUCUAUACCUUCCUCAUCUUCUAGACCGCCUUCUGAGACUGCCACACCAUGUGCUGAUUCAACUAGUGAUGGUGACGGUGUUGACCCGCCCCUCCAUGAUCGACCAUGGAUUGAGCCAUAUGGCAAAAGGUUUAUCCCAUCCAGGGUUGCUUCCCAAGCUAUCACACGAGUCAUUAAGCAACAGUAUUUGACUCCAUGGCCUACUUGGGGAUCAAUACCUAUAGACAAUAGAAAGUCAUUCUGGGAGCGUUUUAAGAUGAAGGUGCAGUGAAAAGCCGAACAUGAAACACAAAUACAUAGAAAUUUCCACAUGAAAGCAUCUCAUCGGCUCUCAAAGAUGUUCAGGGGUGCCCGCAAUGCAGGGGAGCACCCUUACUGGUUGGGCGAGAACAUUUGGAACUCUUGCACAUUGGAAUUCCGCAGAGUUUUGCAACAAGUGUGCUAUAGCCCAUUGAAACAGAGCGUCUGAAAAGGGUGGCACCUUGCAUACUGGCGGGUCGAUCACAGUUCACGAGCAUGCCAUUUGUAUGGUAAACUUUCUUAACUUUUCUGUUUCUUUCAUAUAUAACUUAUGUAUUUUCUAUUUCAUAUACAAGCUCUGGGACGGGCGGUCCAUGUUGACGAGGUCUUUGCACAGACCCAUGUUCGGAAGGGCACUAAUGAAUUCGUUGAUGAAAGAUCUCGCAAGAC